GUAUAGUCUCUAGUGCGUUGACCCGGAUGAACGUCAUCCAUUCCGGAGAGUUUCCUGAGGCGCCGUGAUAUCGUAUAUGGCACGAUUCGCAUGACAGGCAAAAAAUGUACGUAAAAAGGUGUGUAGAGGAAGCCCUCCCCCCCCUUUUCUACCCGCAGGACAAUCCGCUUAGCGAGGGCUGUUUUAUUCACCACCGGAGCGAUUAGCCUAGACGGAGUAGUUAUGUCUCCAAACAUCUCAGUGUCCAGCUGGCCCGGACACACCAAAAGUGUUUUAAUGUGCUCGUUGGCGGAAAACUCGCCAGUGAUUGAUUCAUAGAUACCCACCAGCCCUGCCUUUGAAGCACCGUAUGUUGCCAGGCCCGCUGGCGACUGCAUACUCAGGGCUGAAGACACAAACACAAUAGUGCCACGUUCGCGCAGUGUCAUUCCAGUCAAAAACAGCUUCGUCGUUAAUAGUACGCCCAUGAGGUUCACAUCAAGGACACACUGCAUAUCAGCUACAUCUUCGUACAGGAUUGGCGUCCAGGGGCGCCUCACCGCUGCAUUGUUGAUAAGGACAGUCACCGUACCAAGCUCAUCAGCAAUUGUUCCAGCACAGGCUGUCAUUGCGUCCAAGUCUCGCACAUCUGCCGACAAAUACCGAACAGUGGGUACCAGGUCGGCAAGCGCAGGCCGGAUAAUGUCGAUAACAGCUACCGCGCAACCACGCGAGCUGAAUUCUCGUGCCAACUCUGCCCCCAGGCCUGAAGCUCCACCUGUGAUACACACCACAUCAGUUUUCUUAAGCCACAUGCACGGAAAGAGAAAAAAGCUUCACACCUUCCCGCAUGCAGGGAGCAUUAGAAUGCCAGGGCGCACGCUGGAUCGGAACAGUCAGCAACUGGCUGGGUUCAGGUUGCCGUCAACACAGUCUUUUUGGGGGGUCUGUAGAACUAAAAAUGCAUACAGUACAGGUCAAGCGGAAGCGUGACCAGGAGCCUCUUCAAACUCUUGUGGUGCGUGCUAAGCGCAAGAGGCUGGACACCGUUUUCCGGCUGGCCGGGACGAUGAAUAGUCAUGCUGAAAACGAUAUUGUUUUGUCCAGUACGGGGGAGGGUGUUUUCCGGCUUCCGCCAAAAGACAAGUCGUCAAUUGAAGACGACAUCCCACCGGAACUGAAGGACAUGAUUGAUGAUUAUAUGUCCCAGUCCACCAAACAAGAAAAAGAAGCCCCAGGUGAUGGCCAGGCCCAGGCUGCCCCCGUUGCUGUAGAAAGUCCUGAUACUGAGGUAGAGGAUUAUGUUUAUGAUGUUUACUAUUCAAAUUCUUCGCAAGCUGCUGGUAGCAGCUCGGGAAAAAUCGGAUAUAUUGAUGUUGAAAGUGACGAUGAAAGACUGCUAGCCGAUGAAGAAGAUGAAAGCGAUUUCGUCGGUGAGGAAGAAGACGACUCCAAUGCGGAAGACUUUUAUCGCAAUGAUUACCCGGACGAGGAAGAUAGUUUUGCAGGCAGUGAUCUUGCUGUUGAUCUUGCUGACCUUAAAGUCGACGAUGAUUGGAGCGAAGAUUUGUCCGCAUAGUUAUAUAGGGUAAUUGCAUCACUACUAAAGAAGGUCAUCUCCUUUUGCUGGUUCACUGGUUGAGGGCUCUUCAGGUUCGGCUUCGGCUUCCUCUGUAGGUUCAGCCAAGGAGUCGUCAGCCUUGGGUGACUUUACCGGUUCAAGAGGUUUAUCCAACUCCGUCGACUCAAGCUGGUCUGUGGAAUCCUCAGGCUCGGCGGGCUUUUCGGGCUCGGCGGGCUUUUCAGGCUCAGCGGGCUUUUCAGGCUCGAUGUGCAGUUUAGGCUCAGAGGAUGUCACUGGCUCUUCAGACGAAACGGAUUCGAAAGCGUCUGGCUUGUGUUCUGAAAUGUUGACUUCAUGCUCAACCUUUACGACUUUGGAAUCACCACCGCCCUCGAUUUUGGUUUCUUUGAUUGUUUCGGAAACAUCGGCCACAGGUUCAGCGGAUUUCUCCAGGACCUGAUCAGGCUCCUUGCUAACAGUUUCAACUACUUUCUCAUCCACAGACUCAGCCGGAGGGGGAGGGAGAGGCCGGUCUUUCUUACGCGGUGGUAAUGCCGGCUCAGAUAACUUAACAUAAUUCUUGGGGAACAGCCCUUGAGCACCGUCAGAUUUCUUACCCAGCCACCAAUUGGGAUCACCAUCUGUACCUUGGUCCAAAAUUUGAAUCUUUUCUCCAGCGGCGAAUGACAGAUCACCGUCAUCACCUUUGUAGGGGUAGAGCGCUUCUGCCCAUUGCGCGUGACUAGCCUUAGGAGGGAUCGGGGGAGGUGAGCCAGAUUGUUCGCGUUGCUGAGCUUCCUCUCGUUCAGCAUUUUCAGCAUUUUCAGCAUCUUCUUUAGCCAAUGCCUUCUCGUCGCCAAAGAAACCCAUUCCGCCAACAAAUCUAGGCAUGACCACGUUUUGGGCGACCUUGUUGAACGCACGCCCAACAAAAGACUCGGAAAUAGUGUUCGACCCAGGGACAUGUACACGCUCGUCAAAGUGAGUGGGCAUCUCAUUGCGUCCGCCCUUACAGAAGCUUAAGGCUUCGACGGCUGGCUUGAUGGCUGAAAACUCCAUAUUCCACUCAUUCAAAGCUUCAUUGAGGGUAGUGUUUGGUAAAUCAGCAUCUUUAGCGGCUUGCUCAAGGUUUUUGGCGACCGCUUCAUAAAACUUCGCAGUAGAGCCAUUCACAAGCAGAACCAGCCGUUUGAGAAUUACAUCCAUCUCGACCAAAAACUGGGGAACGAUUUCUCUCACACGCGUAUCGUACGUCUCAAAGAGGCGCUGCUCUUCUGUGUCUGUCUUGUCGGCAUCAAAAGGGGCACCAGUUUUUGAAGCCUGAUGCGCUAAGGACGAAACUAUUCGGUCGUAGUCAAUCUUCUUGUGGUGCCGCUUCGUGAGCAGGUGCGAAAUGUUCUUAACCUCUUGCUUGGCUUGAUCAACAGCAAGUUUCACCUUGUUUGUCACCUCAUUGGCGUGAACGUGGGCUUCAGACUCGAGACGAAUCAAUGCCGACUGCACUGCCUUCACUCGCUCAAUGGUGCGAGCAGGUGUUUCUACGCCUUUGAAUGUGCUUUCGUUAUCUUCAAUAGGAGCAUACACAGGCAGGAAGGCAUUAACGCACUCGUGCAAGUGCUUGAGUGAAGACAUCCAACGUUGGGCUAGCUGCUCAGCCGCCACACCGAUCGAAGUCAAACCAGUGCUUGCUUCAGACAUAUUUCGGGACCACACAGUGAUCUGUGGAUCCUCUAUAGUCUUGUGGCCCACAAGCAUGUGUGGGGUUCUACCAAUUGCCUUUCGAGUACCUUUGAACCAUUUAGGCUCAUCCCACGACGACAUUUUCGACUGCCAGUUGCCUUGCUUAGUCGGCUGAUCGGCAAGGUUAGUUUAAGGAUACCGUCAAGGCCGGAGAGUAUACCCUAACCCUCCAGCGAAGGCGACGAUGACGCCUCGAGUCAGGGCAGAAGGGCAAUCGUGAUUAGUUCGUCCCCUAUACGGUACGGUGGCGCAAGGCGGUG